CGUCUAAGUAGUCAAAAACAAAAUUCAGAAUGUUCAACAAACGUACGUCAAAUAUAUAUUCUGUGUAAGAUCAUUUAACAAAAAUCCUGACAAAAGUCAGGUAAGGUCAGGUAACUGUAACAGAUGUAUGGGUUAUCUAAUCUGUUUUCACAUGUCGCCACACGACAUGCAAAUUCAAUGCAUCAGUAGAGUUAAACAUUACCAAUAACAAAGCCAGCUUUCCACUCGACAGUAUUAUGCAGUAAAUUGCAUGGAUAGUCAUAGAGCUUCAGUUGCCCUAUUUGGAGCAUUUGACCUAUUUUUUAUUGACAGCUCCAUAAAGUCUUACAACAGUACAAGUGAGCAGCUGUUAGGUCGGAUAACGAGGAGGUUCUCCUCCACUUGUCUCGUAUAUAUUGCACAAUGGCUGCAUCUAAGCGACAGUAUUUUGAGUACAUUGUCAUCGGCUGUGGAGGGAUAGGCAGCGGAGCUCUAUACUGGUUGUCAAAGCGUUCCAGCUCAGUCCUUGGUCUCGAGCAGUUUUCCCUCGGUCAUGAAAGAGGAGGCUCACAAGACGUAUCAAGGAUCAUCCGCCUGACGUACGAUGAUGAUCGCUACACCAGACUCAUCCCCGACACAUUCAAGGCAUGGCGCCAGAUUGAGCGCGAGUCCGGCCUGCAGGUUGUAUGGAUGACCGGGGGUCUGCGCCUGGCCAGGAAGGGACCGACUGAGGCCAUCAUGGAGAAGUUCGCUGAAUCAAUGGACAGGAGCAACAUCAAAUACGACAGGUUGUCAAACCUGCAACUAAUGGCCCGCUACCCCCAGUUCACAGUGGGUCCAGAUAUCGUGGGCUUGUACCAGGAGCAAGCGGGCCUCGUAGAUGCUGCUGUGGGGAACGCUGUCCACAUUCAGCUGGCCCGGGGAAACGGGGUUAAAGUCCUGGAGAACUGCCCCGCUACCAGGCUCACUAGGGCCAACAACGGCAACGUCAUUGUUCACACAACGAAGGGCGUGUUCGAGUGCCGGAAGGUGGUGGUGACGGCAGGGGGGUGGCUCAACUCGGUCCUGGGGACAAUCGGCGUCCACGUCCCCGUCACCGUCACACAGGAGCAGGUGACGUACUACGCCACGCCGCACAUGAAGGAGUUCACCAAGGAAAAGUGUCCAAUCUGGAUUUUUCACUGCCCCCGUUACCGCAUCUACGCCCUUCCCAUCCACGGCAACACGGGGUCGAAGAUCGGGGUUAACGCUGGAGGCAACGUAGUCACCGCCGACACGAGGACCUUUGAGCCAGAUCCUGCCCGAGAGCGGACCUGUACUGAGCUGCUGCAGGAGAUUUGUCCCAAGUUCUUGGGACCAAUCCUUCAGACCAAGACCUGCCUCUACACCAUGCCUCCAGACAGACACUUCGUGGUCGACACAUGCGCAUACAAGGGCUGGUCUGACGUCAUCGUUUGUUGUGGAGCUGGACAUGCGUACAAAUUUGCAAGUCUGCUUGGAAAAGUCCUGAGCGAGCUCGCCGUUGACGGCCGUACCCAGUACAACAUCAGUCAAUUCAACAUCACCAGAGACGCGAUUCAGGAUCCCACUUUCAAACCAACGUUUUUCCUGGGACAUGGCACAGAGGCAAAACUGUAGACAGAAGCGAAACUAUAGACAGAAGGCUGCUUAUUUCCCGUCCAUACGUUUCCCGUACAGAAACUGUUAACACGUUCAUGUAAUCGGGCCCCGUGCCACAGAACUCCCAUUCUUUUAUAUAAAAUACACAGCUUUUACGUCAUAUUUUAUGGAACCAUAAUUCAAUAACGAAAACAUUGCAGUUGGUACUUUUCGUGAUAUGAGCAUGUCACAUUUUCAAGCAAAUGUAUAAUGCCUAAUUUACCUGCAGUAGUAAUAAAUUCUGUAAAAUCGGAA